CUCCAGCUUCACGAAUUCCUCCUUAAAAAAACUUCAGCGGCGAUCCGAAUUUCUUCUCAUACUCUUCGACUAGUUUUGCCACAGGAAUACGAAAUUCCUCCGAGGGAGCUCCUUGUGUUUUCAACUCCACUACGAGUUCAGUAACCCGCUUGUGUUCCAUAUACAACUUCUCCUCUACCGAAAGAUCCAUGUCUAACUGCUCGAACGUCCCGUCGGGGGUGCCAAUAUGUAAUAGCUUGGUCUGGUUUGGUGGCCCAGAGACAAAGAAUUACAAUGAAGUUGGGACGUUUAACAAUAUAAUUCACUCGCUGUCGACAUCGGGUUCAAGUCUAAAUCUGAUACACCCAGCAUCGUAUUACUAGCGACCUAACUGUCAUACAAUCAUCAACUUAAUCUCUUAAUCUGUUCCGCUACAUCACGCACACAUCACUACACAAGCGGUUGUUAUAAGGAAUGUAUGGAUGAAAGUCUUGGUGAAAGUUUCUACUGAUAGAAAUACAACAAACCGCUUCAAACAAUGUGAGCAUUCUAUCCAGAGAAAUAAAAUAAAGGAACACUAAUAAUGACAAAGGCUACCGUCAGAGCCUGUAAUAUUACAGUAGCCUUCUGCUAUCUGUGGAAGAAAAGAAUAUCAGUGUUUUAUUUCAGGGCUGUGACGAGCGAAGCCUCUUUGAAGCCAGCGGUAAUAAAAUAUGCCGGGUUUUCUUGACGUAGUUAACUUUUUUUCACUUGCAAAGGUUUUAUUUUUUAACCACAGGUCAACCGUCAAUCUUCCAUGAAAGGUUGAUUCUUCAAACUCUUCUUGAGCAUUCAAGAAACUAUAGCACAAUGUUAUUAAUACAUUUUUAAGGUAUUUUCAUUUUUACCGCACUAGCAAUACAAUUGGGAAGCCUGUGUCUUAUAGCCACUUAGAGACCUGGGCACCGUCUAGUUCCAGUCUUCCCGUUUUCCUUCACUUCCAAACGUAAAAUGGCGCAAGCUGCAUCGAGAACGUUGCAGAGCCUUCAUUCAUUCCACGAGAAUAUUCAAGACGAGAUAUCUUGCCCCAUCUGUUAUGAGGACUUUGAAGAGCCCAAGUGCUUGCCAAAAUGUGCACAUAAUAUCUGCAGGGAAUGCCUGUUGGGAAUUAUUGAAAAAGCCCAACUGGAACGAUUCGAAUGCCCCAUAUGUCGAGCGAUAGUUGCCGUCCCAAAAGAUGGAAUUGACGGAUUUCCUACUAACUCUCUACUUGUACGCCUCGUAGAAAACGCACCCGGCAGAAAGGAAAAGCAAGCUAUCAAACAAGCAAUGACGGAUUAUUUAAACACCAAGGCAUUUGCAGAGAAAUCUAUCAAGGAACUUCGGGUACAAGUCGGCGUUGAGUCUUCUAAGAAAGCAAUAACGUUGAGAAGUGAGAUUGCAAAACACGCUGAUGAGAUGGUAGCGAAGAUACGAUCAGAGGAGAGAUCGUUGUGCGUUGAGGUGGAAAUGUUUUUAGAUGGCUACAGUAUGAAAGCCAUGAGUAUACUUGAGAACGCAGAGAUGAAUUUAAACCAUACUUUUGAUGAAGGGGCAAACUUUGUCAAACAAGCAAAUAUGGCUUUACAGGGAAAAGCGGAGGACCUCAUAGAUGCUAAAGACUGUAUUGUUGGGCAGUUCAAGGAGCUAAGCAAGGAUCUGGACAUGUCACACAUUGACGGUGUUAUGAAUUACAAAAUAGAGUACAUUAAAGGUCAAGUAGAGGGACAGUUUCUUGGCAAGGUUUCUGCUUCUGGCUUAAAGUUGUUGGAAGGUCCUAAAACUCAAACUGACAUUUCGAUUGGUGACAUCAGUUAUGGUAAGAAAUGGGACUGUUUCAGCAUUCCAGGAAAACCUACAAGUUUUUCUGUUUCCCCAAAAUCAGGAGACAUUGCCAUUUUGUGUGCUGAUGAUCGCGAAGUCUAUCGUUAUGAUAUGAGUGGUAAACUUUGCAGGCACUAUGACUUUAACCAGGGAAUCCUAACUGAUGUGGCAUUUUCUGUUGAUGACUGUAUACUUGUCACAGACACAGCUAACAACAGAGUGCUAUUCAUCAGAGCAGAUGGUUCCUCACAUAUGAAUAUCUUUAUUUUCGAUACUAAUAUCAGAUUUAUUAGUGUCGACUCGAGAGGACGGCUGAUAUUGACCUCAUGUCCAAAAGAUGGCAAGGGUCGAGCUUGCAUCCUUGUUUUCUCUCCAAGUAAAAUUUUCAGUUUCAUGUUUGGAGAAGAAACUCUGACGAAUCCCUCUAACAGAGCCUUGUUCCACAAUGGUUCUUUUCUUGUUGUGGAUGAUGAUGGCAAAGGGAUAAAAGUCUUUGAUGAUGAAGGACAAUUUAUGAGGACCCUAAACUUGGGUUUCAUUGUUUCAAGCAUAGCAAUAGAUCUAAAAGUGCCUGAAUCUUUUAUUGCUGUCAGCGAGAAUGACAGGAUAUCUAAGGUUACAACAAGAAGUUGGGCUGUCUUAAAGACCAUCAGUACUGUCACUGAACCAAUAAAACUUCUACACAUCAACAGAAAAGGUAGAUUUGUCUCAAUUAUAGAAAAGAAUGGUCAACAUUUUUGUUUAUGUAAGGACUCUAUUUGAGAAUAGCAGAGCUAAGUCCUACAUUUAGUAACACAAAAUUAUUUCUUUUCCAAAAUAACCAUUAAAACAGAGUUGAAGGA